GUAAUGUGAAAUACAUGUUAAAAUCAACAAUAUAAAAUCAAAACAAUGGAUGAAGUUUGCCGCUUUUGCACGUUGAAUUGCACCACACUGGAGAAUAUAUUUAAAAGGCGAGAGCAGACGGAUAAUGAGCCACACCUAAUUUUAAUGCUAGAAUGUUGUACCAAUUGUGAAAUCAGGGAAUCCGAUGCGUUGCCACAAAACAUAUGUGGUCCCUGCAUAUCAGCGGCUAAGAUAGCAUUUGAAUUCAAGUUUAGUUGCGGACAAAGCGAAAAGCAUUUUAAAGAUAUUGUCAACGAAUGUACACAGCUGGAAGUUAAGUACGAAUUUGAUGAAGUUUGCCGCUUUUGCACGUUGAACUGCACCACACUGGAGAACAUAUUUGCUGAGCGAGAGCGGACGGAUGCUGAGCCCCUCCUGAGUGUAAUGCUGGAGUAUUGUAUGGACUGUGAUAUCAGGGAAUCCGAUUCGUUGCCCCAAAACAUAUGUGGUCCCUGCAUAUCGGCAGCUAAGAAUGCAUUUGAAUUCAAGUUAAGAUGCGAGCAAAGCGAAAAGUAUUUUAAGGAUCUAUUAAGCGAAUGUGAUCAGAAGCCUGAAAUUGAUGAGCUCAUCACAGGCGAUUCAUGUCUUACCGAAAGUGCUUUAGUCGGGGACUGCAUAAAACUAGAGCCAGAUAACUUUGUGGGAUGUUCAACAACAGAAGAAACAAACGCUAAUGAAGAUUACUCGGGGGAUAGUGAAGAAGACUUAUCAACAGAAGAAUUGAAUGACACUGUGGACGAAGAUGAAAUGGAAAUUUCGGACGAGCACAUGCAACAACUGUCUGGCGAUCGGCCUUUUAAAUGUGAGCAGUGUCCGAAAGCUUAUAAAGACAAAAGAGGGUUGAAGCAACACAUAGUGAAUCAUUCUGACGAUCGCCCAUUCAAAUGUCGUCACUGUCCAAAAGCUUUUAAAGCCGUAAAGAUAUAAAACAGCACAACGUUAUUCAUUAUGCAGUACGCCCGUUUAAAUGUAAGCACUGUCCAAAGGCUUUUAAAAGGGAUUAUAGUUUAUUAUCCCACUUAAAGAUGCAUUCUAAUGAUCGUCUUACAAAUGUGAUUACUGCUCAAGAGCUUUUAAAAGGAAAUGCCAAUUAAAUAGUC